UUCAAUGUUGGUGUGAUAAGGUCCAGUACCCCACCCUAGCUAUUCAGUUCUCUUACGACUUUCGCGGUGAUUGGAAUACUGACAGCACGAAUAACGUGUCAAAUUUAAAAUUGAAAUCGUGAGUUCCUCAAGAAAACAACACAAAAAUGUCUUUCAUUGGUGGUAGAACCAUUCCCAAUUUCGACGAAGGAGAAGAUUCUGAUUUUUCCUACGAGUGGUCCUCGAGUGAUGAAAGUGGCGGUGCGAUGGACAUAGUGAAGAGAGGUUGGGAAAUAUGUGGGCUAAUCCCAGGCGACAAGUUCGUUACCACGAGGGGUUAUCUUUUAACCAAACUGUUUGAAGUCAAGACGGAGUGGUCCUCAAUGUCCUAUACGGCAAAAGUGAAACGAUACUUUGCGGCGAAAAAUUGGCUCUUACAACGCGAAUCAGAAAGAGGUCUGUUACAGUCGCUCUCGGAAUUUCCGCCAUACGAAGGCUUUUCUCCCGCGAACGAUGGCCUCCGUCUUUCGUACAUACAAACUUUUAAAUCUGCUGGGGGUGAAUACAGACAGGCUGGUUCCUGGCAAUUAACCCUCAACGUAGAUUUAAAAGAAGUGUGGGAGACAAUCGGUUCGGAGGGUCACCUGUUUCGGGGUUAUCGCGACGAAUCUUCUGAGGAGGACUAUGAUGCGGGUGGAGAAGGAGGGGCAGUCCAGGAAGCUACUGUAGCAGAAAGCGAGGAAGACUGGUUUUAAUCCAAAAAAAAAAUGUUUAUUAUUAUAUUUUUUUUUAAUAAAUAAAUUUCGAAAGGUUUCUCGUCAAAUGUAAGAUUUGAAAGAUCGUAUAAUAAAUAUCAAAAUAUUCCUAACGGCAACUCGAA